UGGGCCUUCAAAAAAGUUGAAGAACUAUCAAUAAAUAAGAAAAAUCCUGAAGAGAAUAAAAGUGACCUAGCUAAUAAACCUGUUUCUAAUAAAGAUAGCAAUAAUAAAUAUAUGAUAUAUAACAAUAAUAAUAAUAGUGAUAACAAUAAUAAUACUGCAAUCUGUAAUAAAGAUAAUAAUAGUGAUAACAAUAAUAAUAAUGCAAUAUAUAAUAAAUAUGCCAAUAGUAUCAUUGCUUGA